UGUCCACUUGCGGUCUUUGUCACUCAUAUGUCCGGAGGGCUCACAUGAAGUUCCGAAUGGCUGCUCAUAGCGGAACCAUUUGGUUACACGUCACUCACCCGCCAUUGGGUCGAACAAGCGUCUGACCGAUGACCUUGCGCAUUACUACAGAUAAUACAUUCUACUUGGACAUUGCGCACCCAGAUCUAUGCCUUUGUGCAGAGGCUACAGCCCGCGAACACUCGAAAGAUGACCAUAAUGGUCCCGAACGUGAGUCCAGCCUGCUGUCUUUCUGCCACCGGGAUUCCGCUCGUCCUGCUUUUCUGGAUCGGGAAGGCCAGUGCAUUUUAUAGCGAAACUUCACAUGAGCUCUGCGAGAAGAGUAUUACAGCAGGACUUGCGACCACCCAGCUUCCGGCCUUUGCUUCCUGAGGCAAGGGAGUGGUCCAGGACAGAAACAACUUGAUGUAGAAUGGUCCUCACGAUAUCAGAAGAGUAUGGAGGGGAGGGUGGUAGAGGGCCAAACGACAAUGUUUGCCUGAACGAAGACAAGACAUCUGAUAGGCUCGGUCGAGACGGACGCUAACUGAUGUACGAUUGUCCUCAUAAAUAUCAAGAGCGCGUUCGCUUGUUCCUUAUAGCUUCUGGCCAGAAGCUGACGCUACGUAAACUCUCGCUCUUAAAUGUGGGUCGUUAUAACUAAAGCUAUAAUCU